GUCAAAAAAUUCUAUUAUCAACGGUGAUAAAAUUAAAAAAAAAUAAAAAUUUAUUAAUUUAAAAUAGAAAAGCCAAGAAAGUAAAACAAAUGGCUGAGGCAGCUAAUGUACGUCAAAAUUUACAGAAUGUGCCCUCAAUAUUUGAAAUAUCUGCGGCUGAGACACUGGACAAUCUUAUCUAUCCUGCCUUAAGUAAAAUCUUUGAUUAUUUUGGACUGCGUUUGGACUUUAAGCUUUGGCAAAAACGACGCAUUAAAGAAGAGCUGUCUCCCGUAUUUACAUGGUUUUUACAAUAUUUAUAUUUGCGCAAAAGAGGAUCAUCGUUUGGUGAAAGUUUCUAUGGUUUGCAGAGAACCGAUACCCUAAGUGGCAAUCUAUUGAGCCGGCAGCAAGAGGUCAUAUCAGCAUCAAUAUUGACAUUAAUGCCAUACAUUGAGAAAAAGUUGAAGACAAGAGCACAACAUGAAGAUAUAUCCAAAUGGGAGGAGUAUUUAUUGAAUUUAUUUCAUGCCUAUAAAGCUUCCAAGGCUGUGCACACAUUUAUGUAUUUGAUUAAAUAUGCCUCCAGUCAUUCACCUAUUUUCCGGGCUUUAAAACUAACAUUGCGCUAUCCAAAUGAACCACCUAACGAGGAUAAAACUACAUAUGUUUUCCUAAAACUUUUGGAGGUUCUAGCGUUUUUCCUACAGUUUAUACAAUGGUGGUAUUCGAAUGAUCAGAGACGCAAGGUGGGUGGAUCAUUGGAAAAUCCUGAACCAAUGCCAGAGUCGGCAGAAAUGUUGAAAAAAUGCAAUACCCCAGCUGGCGAUUGUCCGGUUUGCCUUAUGAAAAUUGAAAAUCCUACAGCUUGUUCGGUGUCGGGUUAUGUUUAUUGCUGGAAAUGUAUUGCAUUACGUCUAAAGGAACAUUCUGCAACUUGUCCUGUGACCGGCUAUGCCAUAACUAUAGAGGAUUUAAUACGAAUUUAUGAAUCGUAGUUAGGCCAUAAAUUAGUUAAUUGUAUAUUUUUUUAGAUUUAUUGUGAUUUUGGUUUAGGUAUUAUUUAAAAUAAGCAAAAAUUAUUACAAUUUAAAUAAAUGCAGAAAUAAUUUUUAACCAAAAAUAUUUUAUUAUACAAUUUGUACAUGUAUUAACAAUACGAAAAUAUUCCAAUAAAAUUACGUUAAUUAAAAUA